UGUUUAAAAAAUUCUACUAAACACAAAGACUCGCUUCAUUUGUUUACUCCUGCUAUCAUUCGUAAUUAUUUAAGGUGUAAUAGUGAUAGAUGGCAAGACGGUGUAAUUUCAAGAGAAGAAAUUUUAUCUUUAUUUGAAUAUAUAUUAAAGAAUGAAAAAUUUGAUGAAUUAGAAGGCUUUAAAAUGAUUCCGCUUGCAGAUGGUACACUGGAUACUUUAACACAAUCUGGGAGCUCUUACGCCUAUAUUGACUCAUAUAAUAAAACUCAUAAAAACGAUGAAUGUAAUAUUUUCAAAUAUCAACUAAAUAAGUUCAUUGAUAAAUCGAUUACCAUUUCAUUAUAUCGAUGCUUAUAUGAAAAUGCAAAAGCAAAUUGGAUUUUAAAUAUAAAAAUAUUGGAUGAAUUUGCUGUUAGAGAUAUGAUUGAAUAUUCAUUGAAUUAUAAAGAGAGUACAAAAGAUUCUGAAGAAAUACCAAUGCCAGAUAAUUAUGAAUGGAUUUAUCAAUUAUGGGAUAACCUAAAAUUUAGAAAUUGGGAUUUGACUAAAUUUGAAGAUAUUCAUUUAAUUCCGACAAAACAUUUUACUCUUAGAAAGUUGAAGACUCCUACAAAAACCUUUUCGAGUAAACAUAUCUCAAACAAUUUAAUUUCUAUUUUCGAAAAAUUUGGUGCUGUUUUCGUUAACAGUGAAUUUGAUACUAGAAAAAUUUCAAAAUGGAAUAAAGUAUCUCCGUAUAUUAUUAAGCCUGAUAAAAUUAUAUCGGUUUUGGAUUCCUUCCGUGCUAAUGCAUCAUAUCCAGAUAAUUUGAAAAUAAAUUUACAGAGUAGCGAAGCAACAGAACUCGUUGAACAUUUAUUUAAUUAUUUACGACUUGUUAAUAAAUUUAAUCUUGUACAAAAUCAUAUUGAUGUUAUUAAACGUUUUCCAAUUUUUAUCGAAGUUGAUCAUAAUUCACCGAUUCCAUUGUUACCAUUACAACAUGAAAACAAACGUUGGUAUCUUUUACCUCACGGAGAAGAAAAAUUAUAUGGUAAAAUUAUUUAUCCAAGCGAUAAAGGAGGAUUUAUUAAUUCUAUUUCACAAAAUAUGUGUUAUAUAUUGGAAAAUAUUAUUGGAAUUUAUCGAUUAACUUCAAAUGAUUAUUGGCGAUAUUAUGUAAUACCAUAUCUUAAAUUUCAACGACCAGAAGACAUAGAUAUUGCAAUUGAUAAAUUAUUUGAUCGAUUACCUAAUUUUAAUAAUGAGUUAAUAGAAGUUAUCGGAAAUCAACCUUUUGUACCAGCUGGUACAAUUGGAAUGUUUAUACAACAACAAACGCCAAAUAUUAUAAAUUUAACCAAACCAACGGAACUAUUUAAUCCAGUAGAAAUGAAGGUGACACAACUAUUUUUUGAAGAUGAGGAAGUUUUUCCUGUUGGUAGUUAUGGAAUACGCUCAAAUUCUUCCAAUAAGUUUUUUAGGUCUUUACAAAUGCUUUGGAUUAAAAAAGAACUUACUUCAGAUGAUAUUAUUUCUCGGAUAAAUAUUAUUGUAAAGAGAAUAAAUACUCUUGAGGAGCAUGAUUUAAUUCGUAUCAAAGCAUUAAACCUUUUAAAAUAUAUUGAUGAAAAAUGGGAUCAGAUAUCAUAUAAUAAUAAUGCAUUGUUGGAAACUAUUAGGACAAAUCCAUGGAUUCCUACGUUUACAUAUGAAAGGUCAUUUAUUUCUGGAAGGAAACUUUUUUCAAGACCUAUUGAUUGUUUUUGUAAAAAAUUCGAAAAUUUAGUAUGUUAUGUUAAACCAAUUGUAGAAUAUGUUCCCAUGAAUAUGGAGUGGAAUUAUGAUCCUGAUGAGAAGACUGUACUAAAACAAUUGGAAUUUUGUCGUGAUAAUGUGGAUCAAAUGGAUCAAAUACAACCGAAGUUAAAAUCUAUUUGUAUGGCGAUUUAUAAAUACAUGGAUGUAGCUUAUGAUAGUAGAAGUCAAUCAUUCGAUUAUAUGAAGAAAAAAUUAAAAAAUCAAUCAUGGAUUUUGUGCGAAAAUAUAUUUCGUUCAACUGAUAAAGUUUUUAUUGAUGAUCUUUUUGAUGGUUACCUACCGAAUAAAAAUUCUUUAAUUAUUAUACUUCCUAGAGAAUAUUAUUAUUAUAAGGAAAUGUUUCUUUCUAUGGGAGUUCAAAGGUGGUCUCAGGUUAAGAUUAAGGAUUUAAUUCAAAUUAUCAAAAAAGUGGUUGAAAAAGAUGAAAAUAAAGUUUUAUCAAUAGAUGAAAUAAAUAGCGUCAUUGAUAUUCUCAUAUGUAUUACAAAUAAACAGAAGAUAAAUCCAGGAGAAAGAUUGGACGGAUUAUUAGUUCCAAGUACUAAUAAUAUACUUGUAAGCUUACAAAAAAUCCAUUAUGAUGAUAUUGAAGGAAGACUUGGCUAUGAAAAGAAACACCAAUAUUUGAUUGCUCAUUCUCAUGUAACUCCACAAAUUGCCAAAGAUUUGAAGAUGCAAUCUUUGGCAGGGAAAAUAUGUGAUAUUGAUCAUAUUGAAGACGAUACCUGGAGGUUUUAUGAACAAGAUCUCUCAUUGAAUACCAAAAUUAAUAAUAUUACUGAGCGGAUAAACUUUAUGCCAUAUGAUUUCAUUAAAGAGUUUCUCCAAAUUGCAGAUGAUGCAAAAGCCACGCAUUUUUCAGUAAUUAUGGAUCGGAAACAAAAUAGUUAUUAUACAAAAUUUUUAUUAUCAAGAGAAAUGGAAGAUUUGCAAGGUCCAUCAAUAUGGAUAUAUUUUGAUGCACAAUUUUCAAAUGAUGAUAUUCAGACUUUGCUCGAACUCAAAGGAUCUUGUGUUAAAGAUGAAUAUGAUACUAAAAUCGGAAAAUUCGGAAAAGGAUUUUAUUAUGUUUUUCAUAUUACAGAUUUACCAAGCAUUGUAAGCGGAGAAUAUAUUACAUUUUUAGAUCCACGAGCAAGAUUUCUUCCAGCAACAGGAUACUCUCCUAAAAGGCGAAGAUGUAUUCGAAUUAAUUUUAUUGAAAAAGAAUUCAAGAAAUGUUUUCCGGACCAAUGCUACCCUUAUGAAAAAAUGUAUGGUUGUGAUUUCACAAAAGAAUUCAAAGGAACAUUGUUUAGGUUUCCGCUUAGAGAAAAUUUAAAUAAAAUUAAUGUGAUUCGUAUGUGGAAAAUUAAUCAAGAGAUGCUCUUUUUAAGAAAUAUAGAAUCAUGCUGUUUAUAUGAAGUGAAUGGGCUAUCUCGUCAUCAAAUAAUAUGGCAAACAAAAAUAAAUAACAUUGAUAAUUGUCGCAAUUCUCGUCAAACAGUUAUUGAUAGUAUCGAUGAUGCACAAAUCUAUCAAUUAGAUAUUGAAAGAAUCAAUGGUAAGCGAAAGGAUUCAGAAGUAUGGGUUAUAUGUACUGGGGGACAUGAUAAAAUCAAACCAGAAUCUAGUGAACUUGUAGAAUUUUCAAAGAAAAAUCGACUCAAGAGGUGGAGUUGCUUGUUUGCUUGCUAAAUCUGAUAAUAAAUCAUUGGAUGAAUUGAAGUCCGAAUCGUUUCCAAACCCUUCUGAACUCUAUGGGUUAAUAUUUUCUUAUUUAUCCCUAUCGAAGGCUAGCAAUUUAAAAGUUUAUUUAAACGGAAACUUUAUUAUACCUGAGCAUGAU